AUGAAAAAGCUGAAACGGAGAUUGUCGGCAGCAUUUCGGCCUGGAAGCAACAACAAUGUGAGCAUCACAAGCUCUGGAGGCUCUUUUUACGAUUCGGAAUGUGAAGCACGGAACAACAUUGUCAUUGGAUACGGUAUGAUGUCAGCACCGCUUCAUGGACGGGCGUGGACACUUUCCGAAUCGAUGAGCCAUUUAUCGGAUAAAAAUGGUGCAAUUAUGGAGGAAUGCGGCGUCGAUCCAACGGCAUUACUUCGAGUUUCGAGAGGAGGAACAGCUGGAAGACGAUAUGAUACAAAUGUUAACUACAUCAACGGAAUGCAUGUCCCACCACCACGAACACACAGUCUCUACUAUCCACGUGGAUACAAUUCCCGUCGAAAUUCAUAUUAUGGAUCCAAUGCUUGUAAGUUUUUCUUUUCGAAAACGAACGUCGCACGUCGCACGCAAAGUACAUUCUCAUUGUGA